AUGUCAUUUUUCCAAGACUUUAACAAAGUGAAAGUAUGAAAUAUAUUAAAUUCAUAGAAAUAAUAAGAUAUUUUGGAGCUUUAAGAUCUGCGUUAAAAAGAUGGAGAGGCUUAAGUUACAAAGUUAACUUAGAUGGCAUAGGCAAGAAUACGUAAUUUUGAAAAGGUCUAUCAUUAUUUGAACGAGGAAGUAUUUAUAUGGUUUUAAAAAGAUAAUUAAUAAUAGAUCUUAAAAAGGGAUGGAUGAUAUGUAUUUGAUUGAAAAAGAUUUUUAUUAGACCUGUAUUAGUGAAAGAGGCAAAAAAUGAUUUAGAUGAGAUGGUAAAAAUAAUAUCAGAGAUGCAAUCUAUUUAAUUAUUUAGAAAGACAGAAAAUGUAAUUAGCAUUUAUAUUUAUUGAUAAUUAGUCAUAAAGAUAAUAAACUGUAUAAAAAUUGAUUCAAGUAUUCUAAGAUUCAAAUGCAAAAUUAAAAUAAUUAACAGAUUAGUUAUUAACAAGAUAGCAAACAAGUUUAUAAUCUGCAAAAGAAUCAUUUAAAGAACAUCAUAGUGAUAGUUAAAUAAAUGUAUAAUUAUUGGAUGAGAUGCAAUAUGAUGAAGAAUUUAUUUAAAGAAGGAAUAAAUAGAUAACUGAAAUGGGAUAGUAUUAUUAUUAAACAUGCUUAGAGUAAUAUACUAACUAAAUUAAAUGAUGACAGAUGGAGCAAGGAUGAUAUAAGACUAAGGAUUAAAAAUAGAUAUUAUUAGUUCGAAUGUGAGAAGUGCAAGAGAAAAAGUUGAAGGAGCUGUUACUGAAGUUAAAAAGGCAUCUUAAGUAUAAUAAGGAAAUAAUGGAAGAAUGUAAGAUAUUAUAAGAAUGUAAGGCUCUUUUUUUGCGGAAUAAUUACAUUGAUAGUUGUUAUUAUAGUAUUGUUGUAUAGUGCUAGUUCUAGACCUCAUCCAGAUCCUAAUGCUUAAUAACCAUAAUCAUAAAAUUGAUAUUAAUAUUCAUUAUAUUAUUCACCA